UCCAUGUAAACAAAAUUCUGACACAUUGUAAGAUUUCCAUGUGUAAAUAACACAUAUACCUUUUUGGACAAAACUAAUGACUAAAUGAGUGUCCUUUUGGAUGCCGAGUGUCUACAAGAACCAGAAUACAUCCUAGAAAAUGACAUAAUUGCGGGAAAAAGUACCGCCAGCGGUGACAUGGACGAAGGGAUUGAAUGCGGCUAUUCUAAGAUUUAUGAAAUCGUCGAGGAGAGCGUUCAAACAACACCUGAUGUGAUCAGUGUCAGUUCUUCGCUCUGUGACUCUGGUUUUACAGAGUCAGUUAACGACAAGCUUAACCUCCAUUGCCUCGAGUGCGUCAUUGACUUACCACCGAAGAAGAGCCACAGAGAUGGCGUCGUCCAAUGCACUUGCUCAAAUAUGGAACAUGAUGGAUUUGAAGAUUACGUCAGUGAGAUAUAUCUACACAGAUUAAGUCUUGAAGAAAAGUAUCACGUGCCAGCAUGUCUUGAUAAUCAACCAGAGGUGUCCACAGGGGUACGCCGAGUUCUGAUACAGUGGCUAACAUCUGUGCACCAUAGCCUCAAGUUGUGCCAAGACACACUUUACCUCGCUGUGAACAUUAUAGAUCGCGUGCUAGAUGUUAUGCAAGUGUCACGUGACUGUCUUGAAUUACUUGGUGUCACAUGUUUACUUGUGGCCAGUAAACAGAACGAGAUAUGUCCACCGGAAAUUCACGAGCUGUUAGAGAAAUGUGAGGACACGUUUACCCGAGAACAGGUGAAACAGCUCGAAAUGAUCGUUCUUAUGGCAACAAGUUUUGACCUUUUAGCACCCACAGUUCAACAAUUCCUCGAAUAUUUUGCUUCGUUUUGUUUAGCCAUGUGUGCUGCGGACGAGGAACAGACAUACAGGUUAAAAAUGGCGCGAGCUGUGGGACGCUGCCUACUGGAACUUACUCUGCAAGAUUACGAAUUCUGUCAGUUUCGACCCUCUCUCCUCGCUCUGUGUGUCUGGAAAGCUUCCGUGGAACACCUCAAGACAUAUGACGGCAACUUUAUCCCACCAGGAAUGACCAUUGUCAAACAGCACUAUGAUCUCUGCCUGGCUGAAGUUCAUUUGUUUAUAGACAAUUUUCGCCAAUCUUGUCCAGACAUAACAUCUGUUUGUGAAAAAUAUGCAGAUUUGUAUGGACAAAAAUAAAGAUAGACCCAAUGAAUAUGAAGUAACAAGGUACGGACUGAAAUGAAUGGACAUACAAAUAGUUGAAUCUGUAAAACAGAAGACUGAGACGUAAAUGUAGGCAUAUUAGUUAUUAUUCAAGAUACGAAGUUCAGUAUAGACGAAAGUAUAGGUAUUUGAUUUGUAUGUAAAGAGCUAAAUAUAUUUAAAUCGUUAUAAAACUACCAAAGUCUGACUGAAUGGAAGUGAAUAUAUUCACACCAGUAUAAAAAUAUAAGACAAACCGUUACCUCAGCGCAGAACUUGGAUAAUUGCUUAUUUUGCCAAUGUAGUUAAUAACUUUUAAGCUCACCUGAGCCAAAGGCUCAUGGUGAGCUUUUGUGACCGCUCGAUGUCCGUCGUCAGUCGUGCGUCGUCCGUCCGUCAACAGUUUCCAAAAGAAUCUUCAUAACCACCGGGCAGAUUUACACCAUACUUAACAGGAAUGAUCCUUGGGUGGCCCCUUUUCAAAACUGUUCAAAGAAUUGAAUUCCACACAGAACUCUGGUUGCCAUGGCAACCGAAAGGAAAAACUUCAAAAUCUUCUUGUCCAAAACCGCAAGACGAUAGCCUUGAUAUUUGGCAUGCAACAUCAUUUAAUGAUCCUCUAUGAAGAUUGUUCAAAUUAUGCCCCGGGGGUCCCCAAGUUUUACAAUGACUUACAUAGGAUUUUUUUAAAAACCUUCUCUUCUAAAACCACAAGACUUAGGUCUUUGAUAUUUGGUAUGUAGCAUUGCCUUAUGAUUCUGUACCAAGAUUAUGACCAUGGGGUGAAAAGAGGCCCCACCCGGGGGUCCCAAGUUUUACAUAGACUUAUUUAGGAAAUAACUUUAAAAAAAAACCUUCUUGUCUGAAACUGCAAGGCAUAGACUUUUGAUAUUUGGUCAAGUCAAAGGAAAACCUUGUGUAUGCAAUAGGGGCUGCAUUUUUUACUGGAUCUUCAUAAAAUUUGAUCAGAAUGUUUCUCUUGAUAAAAUCUAGGCCAAGUUCGAAUAUGGGUUAUCUAGGGUCAAGAACUAGGUCACCUGGUCAAAUAAAAAAAAAACCUUGUGUAUGCAAUAGGGGCUGCAUUUUUUUUCGCUGAAUAUUCGUGAAAUUUAAUAAGAAUGUUUGUCUUAAUCAAAUCUAGGUCAAGUUAGAAUAUGGGUCAACUGGCAUCAAAAAAUAGGUCACCUGGUCAAAUCAAAGAAAAACCUUGUAAAAGGGGCUGCAUUUUUUCCUGGAAAUUCAUGGAAUUUGAACAGAUAUUUGUUCUUGAUCAAAUCUAGGUCAAGGUAAUCUGGGGUCAAAAACUAUGUCACUCUGUCAAAUCAAAGAAAAACUUGGUGUGUGCAGUAGAGGCUGCAUGUUACAUCUGAUGUGCAUGAAACUUGGUCAGAAUGUUUGUCUCCAUGAAUCUCGCAUGAGCUUUUAUCUGGUUAACAUGGGAUCAAAAACUAGGUCACCAGGACAAAUCAAAGAAAACGCUUGCUUACACUCUAGGGGCCACCUUUUGUAUUCAAUCUUCAUAAAACUUAGAAUGUUUGCUAUCAUGAAGUUGGGUCAUGUGGGGUCAAAAACUUGGCCACUGGGUCAAACAUGUUUACACUGUUAUAGUAUGUUACUCAGGUGAGGGAGCUAGGGCCAUCUUGGCCCUUUAGUUUGCAUUGAGGUUACAAUAUAUAAGUAAAAUUUAUAAGUAUCUUAUAAAUGGACAAGAAAAUGAACUUAAAAUGUUGAAAUAUUUACAACUGUAGGUAUCUUUGGACAAAGUAAAAACUGAAUUUAUGCAGGUCUAGACUUUAAAGGAGUGAGAAGAUAGAGCAAAAACUGUGAUGAUUUGAUAAAACCUAUUAAGUUUACAACUAAUCUUAAAACAAAACAUUUUCACCUGUGAGAAUAGUGGUUUAAUGUGGGGGAGUGGGUUGGGGGUAACUUCUGAAGGAAAAUCUUACCAAGUCUAACAUUCAUUAUUUUCUCUUGGUGACUUUGUUUAGGAAUACUCUGGUUAGUUUGUUUUGAAGUCUUGAAAUAUUCCGACAAUUUUUAUGCAUAACAAAUGGAAUAACUGUACAAAUGAUUUACCUAAGACUAGACUUUUGUCUUUCUUUAAAAGAGUUCCUUCAGAUAGGAAAGAUUUUUUUUAAGAAUUUAACGAAAACAUUUGGUGCAUUUUUAAAAAAAAUCCAAGGGAUUUUUUUUUUCUUUUUUGUCGAUGUUUUAUUGCCUCAUGUUCAAAUUUGGAUUAAACUUGUUUGCAUAAUAGAUUUUGUUGAGUAAAGAAGAUUUACCUAAUUGCAUUUUAUUUUCAGACAGUAGUAGAGUUCACAAGAAGUUCCUUUAGAUAGGGAAUACUCCUGGUUUCAGGGAAAAUUCUGUUUGUUUAUUUCUUGACUGUGAUGUGUAUAUCUUAUUGAUCAAAGCAAGCUGUUUGUAAAACAGUUUCAUAUAGUGCUAUAUAUUGUGCUUAUUGUUAUACUAGAAUUACGUGUAUACACAGCGUCUAUAUGAACUUACCUGACCUGUACAAAACUUUUAAGUAUACUAUAGUGACAGCACAAAGGUCAGAAUUUUUGAUAGUUAUGAUAAAUAAGAAAAAUCAUCAACAACACGUGUAGCGUUUGUUCAUAGAUAAUUAUUAACUUCCAACGUUUCGGCGUUAAGCCUUUCUCAGGGAAGAAUAACAAUAAAAACAACGGACGUGACGUCGUUAAACAACGUCGCGUAAAAAGGCGGUAAAAUGUAUACAAAGUUUAGAUCUACAUUAUUUACAAUGUUAAAUAAAUUAAAAAUAACGUUCCUUUAAACGGAUUUAACAAACAUACCGAGUAAAUUGUCGGAUAGUGUUUAUACAAAAUUUCCUAUACUUAUGUAUAUAAAAAAUAUAAUAGAUUUUUUUUGAUAGUUAUGAUAUAAUACUACUACUGAUAUUGUAUGAGUUGUAUUACACAGAAAUAUCUUUGUAAAUUGCCAGCCUGUUACCAUUUAUUUUCCAUAGUCAGGAAUAACUGUCUUGAACGUAAAAGAAAAUACAUGAUUCUGGCUAUAAUAAUGGAACUGAGUACUUACAUUAAAAUAUUUCUUUUUAUGGAUUAGUGCUGAAGGUUCAGGUGAGCUAUUACUAGUAUUAGUAUAGGUUAAUGGUCCGGCAUCCGCCAGCCGUCGUGCACAAUUUACAUAAAAGGCUUCUUUCCAGAAAAUAAUGGUCAGAGUUACCCCAGAUUUGGUCUGUAACAUUUUGCUGGCAAGGUACUCCCUAAAGUUUGUUCUAAUAUCGGGUUCCGUUUGAUUCCUUUGAGGAACCUUGAAGGGGGAAUCUAGGGCGAAAAUAAAAACUUUAAAUGAUUCUUUUCUUGAACCGCUUGAUGGAUUUUUAGCUCACCUGAGCAAUGCUCAGAUGAGUUUUUGUGACCGCUCGAUGUCUAUCGUCUGUCUGUCUGUCUGUCUGUCGUCUGUCAACAUUUAGCUUGUGUAUGCGAUAGAGGCUGUAUUUUCAGCUGAUCUUAAUGAAAUUUUGUCAGAAUGAUAACUUUGAUGAAAUCUAGGCCAAGUUCGAAAAUGAGUCAUCUGGGAUUAAAAACUAGGUCACUAGGUCAAAUCAAAGAAAAACCUUGUGUAUGCAAUAGGGGCUGCAUUUUACACCGGAUCUUCCUGAAAUUGGAUCAUAAUGUUUGUCAGGAUGAAAUCUAGGUCGAGUUUGAUGAUGGGUCAUCUAGGGUCAAAACUAGGUCACCCGUUCAAAUUAAAGAAAAACGUUGUGCAUGCAAUAGGGGCUGUAUUUUACACUGGGUUUUCAUAAAAUUUAGUCAGAAUGAUUCCCUUGAUGAAUUCUAGGUCAAGUUAGAAUAUGGGUCAUCUGUGGUCAAAAACUAGGUCACUAGGUCAAAUAAAAGGAAAACCUCGUGUAUGCAAUAGAGACUGGAUUUUUCAAUUGAUCUUCAUGAAAUUUGGUCAGAAUUAUAGCCUUGAUGAAAUAAAGGUCAAGUUUGAAUAUGGGUCAUCUGGGGUCAAAAACUAGGUCGCUAGGACAAAUCAAAUAAAAACGUUUUGUAUGUGAUAGAGGUUGUAUUUUUCAAUUGAGGUUCAUGAAAUUUGAUCAGAAUGAUUGCCUUGAUCAAAUCUAGGUCAGGUUCGAAUGUAGAUUUUCUUGGCUCAAAAACUAGGCCACUAGGUCAAAUUGAAGAAAGUACUUGUUUACACUUAAGAGACCACAUUUUUGGUCCAAUCUUAAUGAAAAUUGGUCAGAAUAUUUGUUUCCAUGAAAUCACUAGGUCAAACAUGUUUACACUGUUAUGGUGUGUUUCUCAGGUGAGCGACCUAGGGCCAUCUUGGCCCUCUUGUUUACAACAUUAUUUCAGGUAUUCUCCCAAAUGAGUUCGAAUGGGAGCAGUUGGUCCCUUUAAGUGGCUGCUGGAGCUUGAAAUAGCAAACAUUUUUAAACGACUUCAUCCUAUGAACUGCUUGGUGGAUUGUAGGGGCGGUUACAUUUAAACUAUAUAAAAACAAUAAACAACUUCUUUCCAUGAAGUGUUUGAUGGAUCUACACCAAAAUAGGUCUGUAGCAUUAUCGUAAGGUAUUUCUCCGAAUUCAUUCAAAUGGUGGUGGUUAGCCACUUCUAGGAGUACCAAGAGCUAAACCUAGAGAAUUCUGUUUACAACUCAUUUUCAUGAACGGCUUGAUGGGUCAUCAUCAUAACUGGUCCGCAGAAUUAUAUUGUUAGGUCUUCUCUCAAUUAUUUUCAAACGGGGGGCAGUUGGCGCUGUUUAGGGGAAUAAAACCUUUAAACAAUUCUCAUACAUCGCAUAAUGGAUUUUCAUCAAACUUAAUCUUUAGCAUUAUUGUUCAGUCUACGCCGAGUUUUAUUCAAGUGUAGGCACUCCAUCUUGUUUAGGGGUCGCUACAACUAAAAAUAGAAAUGCCUUUAAAUGACUUCUUCUCAUGAAGUGCAUGAUGGAUCUUCAUCAAACUUGGUCUGUACUGUCAUUGUUAGAUCCUCUCCAAUUAAAAAACAACAUUUAAACAUUUUUUCUCAUGAAAACUUGAUGGGUCUUCAUCAAACUUGGUCAGUCGCAUCAUUGUAAGGUCUUCCUUUAAAUUUGUUUUCAAGUGAGAGCUCUUGACUCCCUUUAGGAGCAGUUAAAGCUAGAAAUUGAAACGCCUCUAAACAACUUCAUCUCGGGAACCACUUUUAAGAGAUCUUCAUCAAACAUGGCCUGUAGCAUCAUCAUAGGGUCCUCUCCGAAUGCUGUUAAGAUAGGACACUAGAGCUUUUUGGGGGGCUGCUAGAGCUAAAAAUAGAAAUAUCUUUAUACAACUUCUUUUCAUUAACCGCUUGAUGGAUGUUCAGUUAAAAAGAAACUAUUUCAGAGGGACUUAUUCUGCAUUUCAUUUGCUCUGUCUUUUCUGAAGUUUUUCACAGGACUUCAAACGUGGGCCUAAACGUGUGUAAUUUAGUACCAAUAAUUUCUUUUUGUAUGUUUUUGCAUAUGAGAAAUCAUUUGUACAGUUUUUUUACACUUUGAUGGUAAUAUUUGGUUUGAUGCAGACUUUUUUUUUUUCAUUAAAUGAUUUCUAGAAAUAUAUGAACCGUUAAAAAUAAAUCUGAUAUAAAGGAAA